GCGCAGUAUACGUUGAUCAGAAGAGUCUGGAAGUAAAUAAGAUGGCCUAGAACUAUGAGCAAAAGUGUUACUCUAAUUGCCAAGCAUAAUCAAUAAUAAAGUCAGUGUCAUGAGCGACUCAUGAAGAGAUAGAUAUAGUCGUCAUCUUUAGCUGAUACCCUUUUGGUGUUCACACGGACUAAUAAUGAGUGCAGAUUCAUCAACAUCUUCGCCGAAAACAGAGGGCCAAGCCCCAAAUGAGGAUGACCAACAACACGGAACAUACGAAUGCAACAUCUGUCUAGAAACGGCAAAUGACCCUGUUGUUAGUAUGUGCGGCCAUUUAUUCUGCUGGCCUUGUUUACACCAAUGGCUUGAAACGAGGCCAAACAGACAAACAUGUCCAGUGUGUAAAGCUGGCAUUAGUAAAGAUAAAGUGAUACCAAUCUAUGGACGUGGAAAUCCUAACCCACAAGAUCCACGAGAAAAGCUUCCACCAAGACCAGCAGGCCAGAGGUCUGAACCAGAAUCUUCAAAUCCCUUUCACAACUUUGGACUUGGUGGUGAUGGUAAUUUUCAGUUUUCUUUUGGCAUUGGGGCGUUCCCAUUUGGAAUAUUUGCAUCUACACUUAAUUUUAAUGAUGGAAGACCUGGACAACCUCCGCCCAACUCCCCUCAGCAGGCUGAAGAGCAGUUCCUGAGCAAAGUGUUUUUGUGGGUAGCCAUCAUCUUCAUUUUCUGGCUGCUCAUAGCAUGAAUAGUUGCCAAAACUUGGUUGGAACAAUGUCUUGUGACUAUUUCUCCCGUUUGUUCACCACAGUAUUUUUUAGUGUGCAAGCUGCUACUCUGAGAAUAAUGCCAAACAGUUUUUGUUUGGUUCCCAUUUUCUCAACCUCAUCAUCAGACUCUCUUGAUCCUGGCAAAUAGCGUCAUAGAAGGGUGUGGACUAAUCGUUCAUACAGAAAUAAAUGUCUUGAAAAUUA